UUUAUGCCUUCACUCAUUUAGUUGCGCACUCGUCUACGCCAAGAGCUGUGCUGCGGCGUAUGGUAAACGGUAAACACACACGUUUUGUAAGCUCAAAACGGCUUACAGGAUAUCAUAAACACGUUAGCAGCGCAAAACAACACAUUUGUAGCACCCUGUGUUAGAGUGUAUAUUGUGUGUGUUACUCAUACGCCCCGUCAACUCGUUAAAUGCUCGCAGUCAAUUAGAUAGUCGUUGCGCGGUUUCGGUCAAGGUCAGCUGUGUUCACUUGCAUUUCGAGUUGUGUCUUGUAUUUUUUUCAAUUUACUUAACAAUUAUGAAUUUGGUUUUAGUGUUGAAUAAUAGACGUCAAGUGAUAAAGCAAUGACGUUUGAGUGAGAGAAAACGUAGCGGUUAUAACACAUUCCAGCAACUAUUGACAUACAUAUGUAUGUAUAUAUAACAUAUGCAGCAGGCACAUAAACACAUACAUACAUACAUACACAACUAGCAAAUAUACGCCAAUUUAUCGAGCAGACAAACUUUGAUGCCAUGAAAAUGCCGCAAACCGAAGAUGAGGUUAAUGAAAAGAUUUACGAUCAUCGCAUCAUGCCGGAUUGGUCGAAUGUGGUCAACGAAACAAAUGGCACAAUGCACUACUCGAAGGAUAUGAUCUUCAAUGAUGGGCAUCGACUCUCCAUCACAGUUUACAGCAUCCUGCUUGUGCUCUCGUCGAUCGGCAAUUCAACAGUGCUGUAUUUGAUCGUGAAGCGACGCUGGCACAAUCGUACGCGCAGUCCGUCCCGCAUUGAUAUUAUGUUGAUGCAUUUGGCCAUUGCUGAUUUGAUGGUGACUUUCCUGUUAAUGCCGCUGGAGAUAGCGUGGGCGUAUACGGUGCAAUGGCGUUCCACCGAUUUCGUCUGUCGCACAAUGAGCUUUUUCCGCGUGUUCGGCCUGUAUUUGUCGAGUUUUGUGCUAGUCAGCAUAUCGAUAGAUCGUUAUUGGUUCAUCGCACUUUUACUAGUUCUUAACAUAUAGACCACACUAAAUUUUUUAGUAUCAUACAAUAUUUAUUUAAAUCAAUCUUUUACUUUUCUUCAACAGGCAUUUAUAUUCCAUUUGGAGCAGCAUCCCAAAGUGAAGGGCUACUACCAAUGCGUUGCAUUCCAUUCCUUUCCCACCGAACUGCAUAAGCUAAUCUAUCAGAUCUCGAAUAUGUGCGCCAUGUAUGCCUUCCCAUUGGUCACAUUCAUCUAUUGCUAUGGCCGCAUCUAUUUGGAGAUCUAUCGCAAGAGUAAGCGCAUGGUUAAGGGUGAUGACAAAAAUGGUUUCGCCCGCUUCCGACGCUCCAACGAUGAUGUGCUCGGACGCGCUAAAAAGCGUACGCUAAAAAUGACUAUAACAAUAGUGAUCGUAUUUGUGAUCUGCUGGACGCCAUACUAUAUUAUGUGCUUGUGGUUUUGGCUUGAUAAGCCUUCUGCAGAUAAUGUGAAUCCGCUGUUGCGUAAAAUACUCUUCAUAUUCGCAUGCACGAAUUCGUGUAUGAAUCCGUUAGUGUAUGGCGUGUUCAAUAUACGAGGCAAGACGAAUAAUAAUAAUACGUCUGUUCAUAAUCGGCACACAUCGCUCUCCAGUGGCGGGCGCAUGGCUAUGAAAGAACGUAACGGCAGUGCACAUACCGUUGUCACAUUACCAGCGGUGAUCAAUGGCAGCAAUGGUGACACCAGCAAUGUCACACAAAGCACCACACUCUCAAAUGAUAUAUUCACCAUAUCGAAAAUCGCAGAAGAUAUUGAAAAAGAGAAGCCACCAAAGAUUAUAAUAAGUGACUCCAUUGAAUUGGCGCAUAUGCCGAAGUCGCAAUGAACUUUGAAUGCAUUUAAGUGAUAUCGAAGGGAAACAUCGCGCGCUUGGCUAAAUCCACGUAAAAUGGGGAAAUUUUUACUCGCACAUAUCUUCAUAAAUACAAUACAUACAUAUGCAUGUAUGCACCACAUAUGUGUGCAUACAAUUAAGUUAUUUUGUACCUUCAAUAUAAAAACAUAAGGAAUUUUUAAUCGAAGCUGUCUGUCGCCCGUUAGAUCACACAUACAAGUAGCAUUUGAGUAUGUGUCUGCAUAUAUUGCGGAGGGUCUCUUUUAUAUUGCCCGCUGAUUAUACUUUUGCUCAAACUUAAUUAUAUUGUAUGCUAGUUGUGGGUUAAGUAAAUUAUAUACACACCUAUCCGUUAUGGUUGGAUAUGCUGAAGAUGCCUACUGAGUUAUGCUAAUUAUCUAGUGUUAAGACGUAUGUUUGCAUGUGUUUUUGUAAUAGUAGCUGUUUUGCUGGCGUUUGUAGUAGUUUAAGCUUGAACUUAAUUUAAUUUAUUCAUAAUAAAUUUUGGAAAAAAUAUACAACAAAAAAAAUAAUGAU